AUGCAUGUCGCCACGCACGCGUGGCAUGCGAUGCCUCGAAGCUUGGCCACUGUCCAGUGGGUGGAUCGCCUACAGAAAAAACCCCAAAGUCUAUGUCCAGACCCUGUCUUCUCAUCUCAAACAUCCGAAGGAGGACAUGUUGCUUUUGUUUCAACCGCUAGGUUGGAAGAUGACCUGCUAAAGGACUGGUCUAAUCGGAUUUUUGAAAAAGGGUUCGAUACCAUCUUAGGGCUUUCGGUUGGCAAGAAUGGUUGCCCAUUUGUAGACAAUCCUCAUAGUGACGUAUGUAUUCCUGUGACGAAACUGUUCAGGUCACUUGACGCUUGUCUAAACGAGGAAUCUCUCCGCCAACGGCGAGGGCAUUGGUCUGAGACAGAUAUCCGAAAAGAAGAAAAGGAACACCAAAUAGACGAAUGUUUGACAAGCGCGAUGAAGGCAUUUGUGGCACGGUGGUUUCCUCUAAUACCGCAUAGAAACUAUGACGUGGUAGGCCAGGACGAAGCACUUAUCAGAGAAUCCUGGCGUAUGGCGAGGAAAGCUAUGCUCAGAGUCGUCAACCACGCAUCCUAUCGGUCUAUUUUAGCUUUGUAUCUCUUCUCUCAGACUCCAAUUCCAGUAGGAAUCCCUGAAGAGGAAGAAUUGAUGGGCAUCAGCGGCUUGAUAUGCAUCCACACUGCUUUGCUGCAAAUCCAGAGGCUACGGGAACGUCAAAAAACAUGUCAAUACUUCGGAUCCCAGGUGUCGGCGUGGAUAGAUGCGAUAGCAAGAUCAGUUCCUACCCCGGGUCUUACAGAGACACACCUAGACUUUGAAACCAGGGCGUUCUGGGCUGCUGUUAUAUGGGACACGUCAAGCUCUUUGACGUCGAAUUUUAGGUCCUCUCUAACUUCUGGAUUGAAGGGAGCAUGUCUAGAGCCAGUAUGGCGUCUAGCAAGGACAUUCCUCGUGGGGUCGCUUCACUCCCGAACUGAUCAGUUGCGUACAAAGACCUUGGAGGUGUCUGAUGAAGUAGCCUCUCAGAUUUUAUCGGCAGCAUCUGUAUGUCAAUUGUACCUCUGGAAAACAGCUACUUCGCUCAAGGAAGCAUUCAGAGAAGGAGUAGAAGAGGAAAGUGUCCUUUCUUCUUGGGGAGCAGUUCUUGACGCAAUUGACAUAUUUCAAAGUUCAAUUCGUCCUCUUCUUAACGCCUGUGAGAGACAACUUCACUUCCUGAACCAACUUAAUAGAUUCAGUUGGUACCAAUUCAGUCUUCAGUAUCAUCUUGGCAUCCUAAUUAUAGUGGAUGCACUCGAGGCUGCUGGGCGCUCUGAUCUACUAGCGGACUUCGCGGAGACAAGAUGCGACGCUGAGCAUGAAUCGUUCAAUACCCUCAAGUUGGGAAUUGAGAGCAAAUUCACAAUCCACGAAUUGGGAUAUGUCCCCACGACCGUAUCUAGAUCUGAUCGUCUUGAUCACUCCAUUACCGCCUCUUUUAUCUCGAUCGACCCGUACCCCCAUCAUGUUAUUGACUCCGUGAUCUUGAUGGGCAACUUUAUCAUUGAUAAAUAUUGUAAAGGAAAAAUGACCGAUGAGACCUAUUCCUACCUUUCGUCAACCCUGCUCACGAGUCUUCAGCAACUCCCUCAGAGUUCUAAAUCUGUACAAGCUAGUCAAAAGACCCUACAACAAUCAUUUGAAAGGGCUAAAUUUGUGAAUAUUAGAUGA